AUGCGCUGGUUCGGCAGUUCCCAACCCUCAUGGGGGAGGAUAGUAACAGUGGCUCUAGCAGGAGCAUCUACUGUGCGAGCUGUUCAAUUAGAUAUUGAAGAUGAGGACUCCAUUAAGAACGCUGCCAAACAGGUAGCUAAGAAUAUGAUGACUUAUUAUACCGGUAACCGACCCGGCGACAAUCCCGGAAAUCUUCCAGAUCCAUACUACUGGUGGGAAGCAGGCGCAAUGUUCAACUCAUUAAUCGACUAUUGGUAUUAUACGGGCGAUGACACAUGGAACGAUAUCACGAUGCAGGGUAUGCUUUGGCAAGCAGGCGACACCGGAGCCUUCAUGCCAAACAACCAGAGUAAAACAGAAGGCAAUGACGACCAGGCCUUUUGGGGAUUCGCAGCCAUGUCUGCUGCAGAGAGGAAUUUCCCAAACCCUUCAUCUGAUAAGAUGGGCUGGCUGGCGAUGGCCCAAGCUACCUUCAAUACGCAAGCGCCGCGCUGGGAUGACUCCACUUGUGGUGGUGGACUGCGAUGGCAGAUUUUCACAUGGAACAACGGAUAUACCUAUAAGAACACCAUUUCUACCGGCGGUUUCUUCAACCUGGCUGCCCGUUUAGCGAAAUAUACUGGCAAUUCGACAUACCAAGACUGGGCAGAGAGGGCCUGGGACUGGACUGAAGGUGUUGGAUUCAUGAACUCCGACUACCACUUCUGGGACGGAGCGAGCGAUUUGACGAAUUGCACUGACAUCAACGAGAUUGAGUGGACAUACAACAACGGCGUCUACCUACUCGGCGCAGCGAACAUGUGGAAUAUUACUUCGGAUCCGAAGUGGAAAGAGCGUGUUGAAAAAAUCAUCGAAUCAUCAUCGAUAUUCUUUUCCGACAACCCAAAAAACGUGAUGUUCGAACGAGCAUGCGAAACCGUCAAUACGUGUAUGGUCGAUCAACGAUCCUUCAAAGGCUAUCUCGCACGCUGGAUGGCAGCCACAACGCAGAUGGCCCCAUUCACAUUUGAUCUGAUCAUGCCUAAGCUCAAAGCUUCUGCGUCAGCGGCUGCCAAAGCUUGUAAUGGGGGUACAGACGGCGCGACCUGUGGUCUUAAAUGGACCGAAGAGAAAUGGGAUGACACCAAGGAUUUUGGUCAGCAAAUGGCAGCGCUUGAGGUGAUUCAGUCAAAUCUCAUUACCAAAGUCGCGGCCCCGGUAACUAGCGAGGAUGGUGGUACUAGUAAGGGAGACCCCAGUGCGGGUGGAAAACCGCCAGAGCCCAAGCCUAGUGCGUUAUCUUACACCAUCACCACUGCUGAUCGGGCCGGGGCGGGUAUCUUAACAGCGAUGAUGAUGGUGACUCUGGGAGGAUCUGCCGGGUGGCUUAUUUGGGAUUGA